AUGGAAAAACUGCUCUGCAGCAUCCUGGUGUUUGGAAUGGCUGUCAUGGUCAACGCUUGUCCAAAAUAUUGUGUCUGUCAGAACCUGUCUGAGUCACUGGGGACUUUGUGCCCCUCCAAGGGUCUCCUUUUUGUACCGCUAGACAUAGAUCGAAGGACUGUUGAACUCCGACUUGGCGGCAACUUUAUUAUUAAUAUCAGCCGUCAGGAUUUUGCCAAUAUGUCUGGACUUGUUGACCUUACUUUGUCCAGAAACACCAUCAGUUACAUACAGCCCUACUCUUUCACUGACUUGGAGAGCCUUCGGUCUUUACAUCUGGACAGCAACAGGCUGCCUGACAUUGGAGAGGAUAUUUUGAGAGGCUUAAUUAACCUUCAGCAUUUGAUUUUAAACAACAACCAGCUAAGCAGCAUCUCUGAUGAAGCCUUUGAGGAUUUUUUGCUGACAUUGGAAGACUUAGACCUUUCCUACAAUAACCUCCGAAGCAUUCCAUGGGAAUCUAUAAGGAAGAUGAUAAACUUGCACCAGCUCAGUUUGGAUCAUAACCUGAUAGAUUAUAUUACAGAGGGGACAUUUGCAGAUCUUCAGAAAUUGGCCAGAUUGGAUCUAACAUCCAACAGACUUCAGAAGCUCCCCCCUGACCCUAUAUUUGCCAGAUCUCAAGUAAUUCCAUUAGCCGUUACCCCAUUUUCUCCACCUUUGUCUCUCAGCUUUGGGGGUAACCCGCUGCAUUGCAACUGCGAGCUACUGUGGUUAAGGCGACUUGACAGAGACGACGAUAUGGAAACUUGUGCUUCUCCCCCAGGUCUAAAGGGGAGGUACUUCUGGUAUGUACAGGAGGAAGAAUUUAUUUGUGAGCCUCCUCUUAUUACACAACAUACUCACAAGUUGUUGGUUUUAGAAGGGCAAACUGCCACACUGAAAUGCAAAGCCAUUGGGGAUCCCACCCCCAUCAUUCACUGGGUGGCCCCUGACGACCAUCUCAUUGGGAACUCUUCGAGGACAGCUGUCUAUGAAAAUGGCACCUUAGAUAUCCUAAUCACCACCUCCAAGGAUUACGGGACUUUCACAUGCAUAGCAGCCAAUGCUGCUGGAGAGUCCACCGCAACAAUUGAGCUCUCAAUUGUUCAGCUCCCUCAUCUCAGUAACAGCACAGGCCGAGCAGCCCCACCGAAAUCCAGGCUCUCAGACAUCACCAGUUCCAGCAAGUCUAAUCGAGGGGAAACAAAAGGACCACCAGAAAGGGCUGUCCUGGUGUCAGAUGUGACCACUACCUCAGCUUUGGUCAAGUGGACGGUGAGCAAGUCGGCCCCUCGGGUAAAAAUGUAUCAGCUGCAGUAUAAUUGCUCGGAUGAUGAAGUCCUGAUCUACAGGUAA